GCAAAUGGGCCACAGAUAUUGUUGAAAUUCGUUAAUUAUUUAGUAGAUGUCGGACAAUGGUGGCAAACGUAUCAUUUGUACUUUUCACUUUAUUUAUUGCGCAGACUUGUGCGCAAGUUUCUUUGGAUGACCUAAUUGGAAGAGUUUUUAAUAAUAACACACCUUCGGUGGAGACUACAACUGAAAGAAUUGAAACUGUCCCAACAAAAGCUAUUGGUGGUUACAAAGUUUCUUUGGAUGAUCUAAUUGGAAUAGUUUUUAAUAAUAACACACCUUCGGUGCAGACUACAACUGAAAGAAUUGAAACUGUCCCAACAAAAGCUAUUGGUGUUUACAAAUCAUGUGGCCUCGAAAAGGAAUGUGUACCUAGACAUUUGUGUGUUGAUGGUGCUAUAAGUACAACCGGCGAAAAUUUGUUUGAUAUUCGUAUCAUUGAUGAAGUCUGUAGUUAUAGUGAAAUAUGCUGUGAUAUACCCAACAAGAGAAGCGAAUCUGUAGUUCCUCCCUUUCCCAAAGAACGUCACGAGGGUUGCGGUUGGCGUAACAUUGAUGGCGUUGGCUUUAAGAUCUCUGGUGACUAUGACAAUGAAUCUCAAUUUGCUGAAUUCCCCUGGAUGGUAGCCAUUCUCCGUGCUGAAGAUGCUGGUGGUUCAAUAAUUCAUUUGUACGAUUGUGGCGGUUCAUUGAUUGCUCCAAAUGUUGUCUUGACCGCUUCACAUUGUGUAUUCAAUCGUAAGGUCCAGCAAUUGGUUGUACGUGGUGGUGAAUGGGAUACCCAAAAUGAAAAUGAAAUACUUAGCCAUGUUGACAAACAUGUUAAGGAAAUCAUUGUCCAUGAAAAUUAUAAUAAAGGAGCCCUUUACAAUGAUGUAGCUCUUCUCAUUCUGGAAGAUGAUUUUGUUUGGCAGGAAAACAUUCGUCCCAUUUGCUUGCCCGAACUUAAUGCAAAUUUCGAUGGCAGUCGCUGUUAUGCUACAGGCUGGGGUAAAGACAAAUUUGGUCGUGAUAGUAUUUACCAAGCGAUUUUGAAGAAAAUCGAUUUGCCUGUAGUUCCUCGUGACACCUGUCAAAAAUACUUGCGUAAUACUCGCCUCGGUUUGUAUUUCAACUUGCAUGAAAGUUUCAUAUGUGCCGGUGGUGAGAAGGGUAAGGAUAUGUGUAAAGGUGAUGGUGGUUCUCCAUUGGUUUGUCCCAUACCUGGUGUUAAAAAUCGUUACUAUCAAGCCGGUAUUGUUGCCUGGGGUAUUGGAUGUGCUGAAGAAAAUAUUCCUGGUGUUUAUGCAAAUGUAGCAUAUCUACGCCCAUGGAUCUCCGAAAAAUUAGCUGCCAGAGGAAUAUCAUUUGCCUCUUUUACCCCUUAAGUGGUGUUUAUUUUGUGACCAUCCAAAUAUUUUACAAAAUGCCUUUUACCAAGUUCACACGAACAAUACAAUAGCCCAUCAAUCCGCUUCUACGACACAUUCGUAACUUGUUUUUACAAUUCAUCGCUAUGUUGUUUUUAUUUAAUUCAUUAUUUUGUUAUUUGUGUGUGUGAGGUACAUAUGUUUGAUAUAUUUUUUAAUAAAUAAAGUAAUAUAUUUUCUAU